AUGGGGGGAUCUUGCCAAGAGAAGAAGGCGCACUGCGUGGAACACCACGGGAUGACAAAGGGAGAGUGCGACAGUGAAGGAUGCGGCCACACUCACCCGGAAGACGCUCACAGCCACUCGGGGUGCUGUGGGGGACACGAACCCGCAACGGUUGCAGUCGACCCGGAUAGCAUUGCCGACGCUGGCGAAGAAAUGACGCAAGGAGACAAAGGCGUCUUCAAAAAGAUCUUGAAGGAGGGAGACGGUCCGACGCCCCAGCCGGGCGAGGAAGUCGUUGUCCACUACACGGGGACGUUGCUCGACGGCACAAAAUUCGAUUCCUCGAGAGACCGAGACAGCCCAUUCAAGUUCAUCAUCGGCGAGGGCCAGGUGAUUAGCGGCUGGGACCUAGGAGUGAUGAAGAUGAAGAGAGGCGAACGCGCCAUGCUGACCAUUCAGCCCGGCUAUGGCUACGGCGCCUCAGGUUCUCCGCCCGUUAUCCCUCCCAACGCUGUGCUGAAGUUCGACGUGGAAUUGCUCGACAGCCAUCCGAAGCCGAAGGACAAAUGGGAGAUGAACGUGGGAGAGAAACUUGAAGGCGCGAAUGCGGAGAAGGAGAGAGGAAACGAGGCAUUCAAGAAGGGGAACUACGCCGAAGCCGCCGCAGCCUACCGCGAGGGCCUCGACUACUUUUCGUAUGUCGAGAACUGGAGCGACGAAGAGCGAGAGCAGCAAAAGCGUCUCGAGCUGCCUCUGCGCCUCAACCUCGCCACAUGCUGCAAUCGUCUGGGCGAGUAUUCGGAAGCCAUCGAGCAAACGACGAAGGCGCUGGAGAUCGAUCCGGAAAGCAGCAAGGGGCGGUUCCGUCGCGGAGUCGCACGCAUGGCUGUGGGCCUUCUCGACGAGGCGCGUCACGACUUUGUGCAGGCGGCCAAGCUGGACCCGAAAAAUGUCGAAAUUCGACGAGAACUGGAGAAGUGCAAGAAGAAGAUCGAGGAGGUUCGGGCCAAGGAAAAGUCUGCCUUUGGAAACAUCUUCAAGAAAGUCGACCUUUACACAGAGAAACAAGGCAUCCGCAACGUGGCCAAAUGCCCCAAGGUGUACAUGGACAUCAAAGUUGGAGACAAGGAGCCAAAGCGAGUCGUCUUCGCCCUGUACAACGACACGGUCCCGAAGACAGCCGAGAAUUUCCGCGCUCUCUGCACAGGAGAAAAGGGCGAAGGAACGAAAGGAAAGCCCCUGUGCUUCAAGAAUUCGCUAUUCCACCGGAUCAUUCCGGGGUUCAUGAUGCAGGGCGGCGACUUCACGAAUGGGGACGGUACUGGCGGCGAGUCCAUCUACGGGCCACAGUUCAACGACGAGAAGUUCGUUGAUCAGCACACAGGCAGAGGGCAGCUGUCCAUGGCGAACUGCGGUCCAAACACAAACUCGUCCCAAUUCUUCAUCACCUUUGGCCCCGCACCGCAUCUCGACGGCAAGCACGUGGUCUUUGGCGAAGUAGUCGAGGGCCAGGACGUCCUCGACGAAGUGGAAAACGUGGAGACCGACAAAAGCAACGACAGGCCCACGCAAGACGUCCAGAUUGUCGACUGUGGUGAGGUGAAGUGCUGA